AGAGCACCUCGGCGGGGAGACAUGGCCUCAGUCUCCCGUAGUAACCGGAGCUCAGUGUGGAGCUGAAUCCUAGGGGAAUAUCUGGAUUUUUCUAGCGGUGUUUUCCUCCCUAAACUCGGGGAAACAGCCUCCAGCAGCAGCAGCGUCUGUUUCUGACUCCUAAAGGACAGACUGCAGAUCAGAGUCCAGGAGUUCCUGCAGGAGGUGAUGCUCUCCAAACGUCACCAUGUUAACAAUUAAUCCAUCCGACGUUUGGUGCGUCAAAUUGCGCAUUUACCGGGGCUUUUGAUCGGUUUUAAUUAACGCUACAGGUCAUUUAACACUGGACUUGUUGUAUGUAAUCCCCGGAGGAGUGUACCUGUGAUUUCUACCAUGAUCUGAGGGCAGUGAAGUGAGACAAACAUUUGCAGAAGUCACCUGGCCUCGCCAUCUGAUUGGCUGUCCAUGAUGGCGAAUAACAACGAGCUACAGGGCGAUCCCGGCGGGCUCUCUGUGCUCCAGCAGCUCGGUCUGGACCAGAACUCGGACUUCUCGGACUCCAGCGUGCAGCAGUGUCUGGACGAGCAUCGGGAGCGGAUCCGCAGGGAGAUCCGUAAGGAGCUGAAGAUCAAAGAGGGGGCGGAGAACCUUCGCAGAGCCACGACGGAGCGGAGGAACGCCCAGCAGGUGGACUCGCAGAUCCGCAGCUCCAAACGCAAGCUGGAGGCGCUGCACGACCAGCUGCAGGAGCUGGACGCACACAUCGUGGUGAAGGGCCCCGACGAGAACGAGGAUGCCCAUAGAUCUCCGGGUUCGCUCAACCGGACGUCGGCCAUCCAGCGGAGGAUCGCGGCUCUGGAGCGUCAGCUGAACAUCGAGCUGAAGGUCAAACAGGGGGCGGAGAACAUGAUCCCGAUAUACGCCAACGGAGGAACCAAGGACAAGAAGCUGCUGCAGAUGGCUCAGCAGAUGCUUCAGGACAGCAAGACGAAGAUCGACAUCAUCCGAAUGCAGAUCCGAAAAGCCAUGCAGGCCACGGAGCAGUCGGAGGAGAACCAAUCAGGUAAGCCGGACAUGUGUGGAGCGGAGCUGCGGGUGGAGGAGCUGUGGCAUCACUACAGGGUGGAGCACGCCAUGUCUGAAGGAGCCAAGAACAUGCUGAGGCUGCUGGGAGCCGGGAAGGUGCAGGACAAGAAGGCCAUGGCCGAGGCUCAGUGUGGUCUGGGGGAGUCCUCUCAGCGUCUGGACCUCCUGCGGCUCUCUCUGGAUCAGAGGCUGCAGGACCUCCCAGAGGACCACCCUAAAGCCUGCCUCAUCAAGGAGGAGCUGCUGCUGGCCGCCUCCUCCGCAUUCAGUGCCCGCACCAGCACGCCCUACGUCCAGAACCAGUACAGCACCAUGAGCAAACCCUCCCCUCUCACAGGCACCCUGCAGGUGCACCUUCUGGGCUGCGUGGGGCUUCUGGAGGGGGUCCCGGGGCGCAGCAGAGGGUCUCCGCUCUCUCUCCCCUCCUUCACUGCAGGAGACGGACGGUCCUCCUUCAAACUGAGCGGGCUGUACAGCCGCAGCUCCUCCAGCCUCAGCCUGAAGAUCCCCGGGAAGAACGACGAGCUCUCCUCGGAGGUGAGCGCGGUGCUGAAGCUGGAGAACACGGUGGUGGGGCAGACGCUCUGGAAGACGGUGGGAGAUCAGGCCUGGGGUCAGACCUUCACCCUGGACCUGGAGAGGUCCAGGGAGAUGGAGAUCGCGGUGUACUGGAGAGAUUUCCGCUCCCUGUGUGCUCUGAAGUAUCUGAAGCUGGAGGAGUUCCUGGACAACCAAAUACACCGGGUGCAACUGGAGCUGGAGCCUCAGGGGGUGCUGCUGGCUGAGGUGAUUUUCUUCAACCCUGUAAUAGAGAGAGGCCGAAGACUCCAGAGGCAGAAGAAAGUUUUCUCAAAACAGCACGGUAAAGCGUUCCUGCGCGCCCGGCAGAUGAACGUGGACAUCGCCACCUGGGUCCGCCUCCUGAGGAACGCCAUCCCCAGCGGCAGCAACGCCCCGUCAUACACCCCCAACUUCACCAGCAACACACACACUCACAACUCAGGAGAGAUCUCGGUGGAGAAGCUGAGUCUGGGCGGCGACUCUCCUCCCAAAGCGGACCAGAGAGACGUGGUGGACGCUGCCUCGGAGCAGACGCCCGUCAUCGAGUCGACGCCAGAUAUCCACGCUCAGCAGCCAAUCAGAUCACUGUCACACAACUCUUUACGCAGAACAAGCAGAGACCCUCUCUCUCUCACAGACUUCAAACUGGUUGCAGUGCUCGGCCGGGGACACUUUGGGAAGGUGUUGCUGUCAGAGUACAAACAGACGAGCUCUCUGUAUGCCAUCAAAGCUCUGAAGAAGGGAGACAUCGUAGCGAGGGAUGAAGUGGAGAGCCUGAUGUGUGAGAAGCGGAUCUUUGAGACGGUGACCGGCUCGCACCACCCCUUCCUCGUCAACCUGUUCGCAUGUUUCCAGACGCCGGAGCACGUGUGUUUUGUGAUGGAGUACACGGCGGGGGGGGACCUCAUGAUGCACAUCCACGCAGACGUCUUCUCCGAGCCUCGCGCUGUGUUCUACUCUGCGUGUGUAGUGUUGGGUCUGCAGUUCCUUCACGACCAUAAGAUUGUGUAUCGGGAUCUCAAACUGGACAACCUGCUGCUGGACACACAGGGCUUUGUGAAGAUCGCAGACUUUGGGCUGUGUAAAGAAGGAAUGGGUUUUGGGGACAGGACGAGCACUUUCUGUGGGACCCCUGAGUUUUUGGCCCCGGAGGUUUUGACGGACACGUCGUACACCAGAGCCGUGGACUGGUGGGGGCUCGGGGUGCUGGUGUAUGAGAUGCUGGUGGGGGAGUCUCCGUUCCCAGGGGACGAUGAGGAGGAGGUGUUCGACAGCAUAGUGAACGAUGAAGUGCGCUACCCUCGCUUCCUCUCCACCGAGGCCAUCGGCAUCAUGAGACGGUUGUUGAGAAGGAACCCUGAAAGACGUCUGGGCUCCGGAGAGAAAGACGCAGAAGAUGUGAAAAAACAACCUUUCUUCAGGAGUGUGGACUGGGAGUCUCUCCUUCAGAGGAAACUCCCGCCUCCAUUCCUCCCGACCAUCGGAGGGAAAGAAGACGUCAGCAACUUCGAUGUGGAGUUCACCGCGGAGGCUCCGGCCCUCACGCCCCCCCGAGAGCGCCGCACGCUGUCCCUCAAAGAGCAGGACCACUUCAAGGACUUCGACUACGUAUCUGACCUCUGCUAGGGGGUCAAGGUCAGCUGAAACAGACCUUGAGGACUCUGAGAAGUGACUCUUGACGGACCCUCUGGAGGCAAAGGGUCUCUCUAACUUCAUUUGUGGAUCACGUGGCGUUUAUUUCAAUGUGUCACGGAUCUACUGACCUCCAGAGAUCUGCAGAACCGUGACAGGAAGCUGUGACGACACCGGAGAAUAAUCCAGAUUAAGUAACAAAUGGAAGAUGAUGGUGGAUCCUGCUGAGAGCCUAUGAAUCACUGAGUAAAAAAGAGAUGUUUCUGAGUUUCUCUUCUCUCUUUUUGUCCCUUUUAUCAUCGCUAUGUGUUGCUGCUAAGUGUGUUUCCCUGCCUCAGUGAAUGUAUCAGCUGCACCACCUGGACUCAAACACAAGGGGGAACCAGAGGGAAGAAGAAGUGCUGAUUUCGCACAAAUAAGAGUGAGUAUUACCACAGAAGGAGGGUGCUCAUCGUCGUCUCCUCGGUCCACUCUCUUUCGGUACAACACAGAUUUUUAACUACAAUCAUUUUUCAAUGACUUUUACAGUUUCCUUUUUUGUGAUUUAUAGUUUGUAUUCCCCCCCCCCCCCCCCCCCCCCCCCCCCCCCCCCCCCCGUCUGUGUUCCCUCCUCUGUCAUUUGCUGGUGAAAUAUGUUGGACCUGUGACUCAGUAAAGAUGUGAACCCAA